GUGCGUCAAACCAGGUGACACAGCAGACGUCAGACGUCAGUGCUCAGCUGCAAACUGCAAAGACACCGCUUCCACAAUCCAAAAUCCAAAUCCAAAAUCCAACACACAACCAAGCCCUUUUGAGAUUAGACGUACAGGAUCACCAUGUGGAUAUCGUUAGUUAUUGUCUCUAUCUUGGCAAGCCUGGCACCAGCCAAUGGCUUCAACUCAUACCUGAACCAGAUGGGAGGAGACGGCGGUGUUGCCUCCAUGAAAUCUUCCUCUUUUGCACCCAGUGGAAAACCCAUGGCGGCGCCUCGUUCUGGAACUGGGGGAUAUUUGGAUAACAUUGGAGGCGGUGGCACGGCGGUUGCAACCCCUCCUCCGCCACCUCCACCAGCAGGUGAGGCCGCUGCCGCUGUUGCAAGCACGGCACCCGCAGUCGGUGACUACCUUGCAUCGCUGCCUGUUCAGGAGGCACCCUCGGGUGGUGGUGUGCCGGGAUACUUGGAUGCCUUGCUCACAGCCUCUGCACCAUCCGGCGGUGGCGUACCAGGAUAUCUUGAUGCUUUACCAGCUUCAUCGGCUCCAUCGGGAAGCGGAGUGCCCUCAUAUUUGGAUGCCAUUGCUCCUGGCAGCGGAUCAGCUCCCGUAGCGUCCAGUUUUGCACCAAAACCAACGUUUGUCCCCGCUGGGAGUCCUCCUAGUGGUGCCGGCGGUGAAAGCAAUGUUGUCUUAGAAGCUAUCAGCGACAUGACCAACAACAUGAACAGGAACCAACAAACCAGCAUUUCUAUUUUGAAGGAAAUCAGCGUGGGAAUCAAAGGACUGGUCGAAAAAGUGGAGGGCCAGAUGGCUGGAGAUCAGCCUUGGCAGUAAUUCACCGGGCAUGCCGCAUUCUGCGAUAUAGGUUAGAGGUAUACAGAACUGAGAUCAUAGAAACCACGACGUACUCAUAGUGUGCUUGGUGCCAAGAUUGUUGCCACAGGUCCAACCCAACCGUAUACAAUCACAAAAAGUACAUCUAAAAACAACAUACACAACAUUCGCGAUCAUUAGGUCUGCUGAUAACGACCAAUUCCAGAAGAAUCACGGAAUUACAACAAUACUUCUAUUACUAGUUGGUUGCAGGACCCAUGGAAGGCACAGGAGCAACGAGAAGGCACUCGUGUUGGCGGUGGGAGAUUGAAUCAUUUCAUCGCACGAAAUCUGCAGCUGUUGUUCUAUUACUAUUAGAACUGUGUACCAUACCCACUCUAGCUAGCUAGCG